GCAGGUCACAGAUAACAAUAAUGAAUCCAUCACACAGAACAGUCAGAUUACCGUCGCAGCAAGGUCACAAUAAGGUCACAUGGCAAGAAUCGUGAAUAUCUAACAAUAGACUACAGUAUUGCGUGUCAUGCGUAACAGGCUGCUACAGUACUGCGCGUACUUUUCGUGAACAAUUUUGAUCACGUCCUGGCCACUACGUCUGAACUUCUCCGGGUUUCUUUAGGAAGCCACCUGCCGCGUACUUGGGGUUGGGGUUCGUAUAAGUAGAUGUAUGGGUAAGGAGACAAACAUGUUUCUUUUCCACUGUCCUUAUAUCCAAGUUCUCUCUUCCCAAUCAUCAGUCUUUGCCAGUCGUCUUUCAUACCACUUGCUUGCGUCUCGACUACACUCUAGGUUGUCAUAUCCCGCAAUUAUCAUCCUAUCAACCACCUUUCCCCUUGAUAUCAAAUAAUCAAAAAUCACUAUGUCCUCCCUCAAGAAACUCAGAAUCCUAAUAACAGGCUGCUCCCCGGGCGGAAUGGGCGCAACCCUGGCCAUCGCCUUCCACAGUGCGGGACACCACGUCUAUGCGACGGCGCGGAACCCAUCCAAGCUGUUGCCGCUCGCCGCACAGGGAAUCGAGACGCUGACCCUAGAUGUGACGUCAGCAUCUUCCAUCGCAUCCGCUGUCUCUUCCAUCUCCUCCUCUCUACCAGACAACCAAGGUCUGGACAUGCUCAUCAACAACGCGGCGAGCACCUACACGAUGCCCAUGAUAGACGUAUCGCUGGACGCGGCGAGGGAGCUGUUCGACUUAAACGUCUGGUCGCAGCUCGCCGUCACGCAGGCUUUCUUGCCUUUGCUGCUUAGGUCCUCCACCACCACCGCUUCUGGAGGCGGCCACCCGACCCAGGCCAUGAUAGUAAACCAUACCUCCGUCGGGUCUGUGUUUGCGCUCCCGUUCCAAGGUAUCUACAACGCGUCCAAGGCGGCGCUCGCCAUGCUUUCCGAGACGAUGCGUCUCGAGCUGUCCCCUUUUGGGAUCCGCGUCAUCGAUCUUAAGACGGCGGGGGUGCGGACAAACUUGAUUUCCAACAACAACGUCAACUCCAAGGCCGAGGUGCUGCCGGAGGCGUCAAUAUACGGACCAGCCCGCGAGGUCGUCGAGAGUGCCAUGAGUCAGAGAAAUCUAGGCGAGAUAGGCAUCACAGCGGAGCAGUGGGCCGCCGAGGUGGCGGCGCUGCUGUUAGGGAAAAGCCCACCGGCCGUUAUCUGGAGGGGCGAGAGCGCGCUGAUGGGCCGGGUAGCGAGUUUGCUGCCGUCUGGCAUGUUUGAGGGGAGGCUGAAGAGGCUAAGCAAAUUGGAUAUAGUGGAGGAAAUUAUCAAAGAGCAUAGGAAGUGAUUUGGGGCGGGCAAACGAGCAAGCGUGACAGGAUAAGUGUUGGUAAUUAGCGAUAAAUAGCAGGAAUGGCCUACUUUGUAUUAGUUUCAGAUUUGUGAACGAGGUAUACUAGCAGAAAUCAGC